AUGCAGAUAACCAAGAACAAUCCCGUCAAAGACCCGCGCAAAUCUCCAGCGAGCAACAUCAAUAAAGAGGAGCUUGUUAGACUGAUGCUGCAAUCACUCCAGGAUCUCGGCUAUCAAAAAGCGGCUGAUGCUUUGGAAGCAGAGUCAGGCUACAAUCUCGAGUCCAAGAACAUUGUUGAAUUGAGAUCAAGCAUCCUCCUAGGACAGUGGCAUAAUGCAGAGAGUCUUUUAUCACAAGUGCCCUUUAUCAAUCCACAAACAUGCAUACCCAAAGUCCAGUUCUUGAUUCGACAGCAAAAGUUUCUAGAGCUACUAGAAAUGCAAGAGACAAUGCAGGCGUUACAUGUGUUGAGAACAGAAAUUACGCCCUUGGGACAGAACACGGAGCGAUUACACCUUCUCACGAGUCUUAUUCUAUGCUCUAACGUGGACGAUAUCAAGGAGCAAGCCUCGUGGGACGGCACAACGGGGGCAUCGAGAGAGCAAUUGCUGGCAGACAUUCAAAAGUUCAUUGAUCCUGCUGCCAUGAUACCAAAACAACGCCUAUUCCAUCUGAUCAAUCAGUCGCUCGAAUGGCAAAAGAGAAACUGCCUUUACCAUAACCCUAGACAAGAUACACAGCUCUCCUUGUACUCUGACCAUCACUGCGACAAAGCAUCAUUUCCUUCUACGACGAUCAAAACGCUCAACGGUCAUGCAGACGAAAUUUGGCACGUCCAUUACUCGAACAACGGUAAAUAUCUGGCAUCUGUAUCUAAAGACAAGACAUGCAUCAUUUGGGAUAUGGAUAACUUUAGCCAAGUUCAGAAAUUAACGAGUGAUGUGAGUGGAUCAUACUGUGCGUGGUCGCCUGACGACUCAAAGUUAUUGAUCUGUGGCACAGACUUCUCGAUACGCCUAUGGGAUCCUUAUCACGGCACCUUACUCCAUACCUACCAAUGCCACAAAGAUCAAGUGACAAGCUGUGUAUGGCUGCCAGACAAUCAGCAUUUCAUCUCGGGCGCUUGCGAUAAAGUGUUAUGUUUAUGGGACUCUGAAAUCACCUUGUCGCAACCCAUCACUCGUUGGCCAGUGCAACGCACCACCGACAUGAAGAUGACUCAAGACGGCAAGCGCUUUGUAACGAUUGGACUGGAUAAAUGUAUCACUGUGUACGAUGUGGAUGGCUUGAGAAUCACAGAAACUGUCAAAAUCCAAGAAGAAGGCACAAUCACGUCAUUAACCUUGUCAAAAGAUGGCCGAUAUGCGCUUGUCAAUGUGCAAGACUCUCAAACAUUGCACUUAUGGGACCUGGAGGAGAGAAUUCUGGUGCACAAGUACAGUGGGCAGAGGCAGAAUACCUACAUUAUUCGAUCAACAUUGGGCGGGCAUAACGAAUCAUUUGUAAUUAGUGGCAGUGAAGACAAUCGUGUAUAUAUUUGGAGUCGAGAUCAUGAGACGCUCUUGGAGACGUUAGAAGGACAUGAGAAUACAGUGAACUGCGUUGCCUGGUGUCCUUCAGAGCCAAUGCAGUUUGUGUCUGCGAGUGAUGAUCAUACAAUCAGAGUAUGGGGAUCUAGUCUUGAUUUGACAGAAGAUAUGGAGCUGUAG